CUGAAAUUCAGGCAGCCCACACCAACUGCAUUGAGUGGUUUCAAAUGGAAACCAUUUACUAAUGAAUCCUCUGAAUACGCAAUUCUUGACCUUCCUCUCAGGAAAGCUACUGGUAGCUUACAUUGGCCAAUAACAAAUUUUUGGAAUAAAGAAACGAUAUUUCUAGAAAAAUUUGCACUACAUGAAAAAGGCUUACCAGUACUGAGCGAAGAAUUAACGGAUGAAGAACGAUUACAAUUAUCAGCAUAUCGACGUGCCUGGUGGGCAUUAUGGUUAUUAGUAGCAAUGAUCGCUUUUGUGAUUUGGAUCAGUGUCAUUUGCAUCGUUGUAACUCGUUGCCGUAGUCCACGAGCAAAACCUUACAAUAAUAUUGUUGUUAAUCGAUAA